UGGAAGCCUCACUAAUGGGGCACGAGUAAGGCCCACCAUGGCAGCUCCAAGCUCCAGCGGACUUGAAGUCCUUUUGAACACACUGCAGAACGCUGGAGAUAUUGAUAGCAUGCUAAACAUCCUGAAUGUCCUGGAUGAACUGUUGUCAGCAGGCACAGACAGACGGAUUCAUUAUAUGAUAUCGAAAGGAGGCAGCGAAGCUCUGCUGACAGCUUUGGUGAGCUCCGCCCGGUGCUACACACCCAACUACACCAUCCUACUGCCACUGCUACACCUGCUGGCCAAGGUAGGCCAUCGAGAUCGUCAGAUUGGUCUGAAAGCACAGAAGGCAGACGCAGCUCUAGUGGUUCUGAGUUUGCUUAGGCAAAAUGCAAAGAACGCCCAGAGAGCUGCAGCCUGUCUUUGGGUGCUCCGAGUAUUCUGUUCCUCUGUAACCACAGCGGCUUGGCUGGGAAGGAACCGAGGGCUGGACGUGGUCUUCAAGCUGAUAUGUCCACACACAACCAAGCACUUACGUACUGUAAAGGCUGCCAUCGAUGCUUUUGCUGCAAUGUUAUGCUCAAAGGCCAACUGUCGGACUGCCGUUGCCAAAGGCUACAUUGGCGAUCUUCUGAAGCUGUACGAAGACUGGCACAACAAUGAUGGCAACCUAGAGAACAUUCCUAUCCGCAGAGCCAUAAUGCACUGUCUGCACCGUGCUGCCAACUCAGGUGUAGGCAGAGACGCCUUGGUCGCUGAGGGCGGCAUGCAUAUUCUGUUCCAGACCACUCAGACCUGCUUGACCAUAAAAGGCUUGGAAUCUCUGGUGGAUCUGGCAGUCCAGCUCAUGCGGAAAUGCUAUCCAAAAGUCCCUCUUCCUCUGACUUCAGAUAAGAGUGCCUAUAUUUUUCCUCUUCCUGGAAGGCCUGUCGAUUGCUGGGAUGCUGAUUUAGAGUCUUACGAUGGCGGUUUAGAAGAAGACAGUGACGAGGACACGGAGAACGAAGAGCUAGACAACAGGGACUACGAGGAUGACCUGGAAACAGAUGUGAACAAGUUGCAGCCCAGACCGGAGCCCGACAGACCCCUAGAGCAGCUGAGCCAAUAUGUGUGCUUCUGCCCUGAGCUUCACCACGAAUUCCAGUUGAACAAACAUGUCUUCCAGGAUUUGGAUUCCAGCUCUGAGGUUGAUGAAAGUGCAGAUGAAGACAGUUCUUUGGAGGGGAACUUAAGCCAGAAGAUACCAAGAGGCAGGAGAUCAAAAGCGAGCAAAGGAGACUCAUUGUUGCCCUCCGGCCUAGAUUCGCCCAACUCCCUUGAGUUGAACCCUGGUUCAGAGGAAGACAACCAUCUCCAGACCAGGGAUUUCCACAAGCAUUACCUCAACUGCUCCAGGAACAUCCGAGAGGGCCAUUGCAGCAUGGUGGACAAGCUUCUGGAGAAGUAUGGGAGCUUUAUUCCCAACCACGAUCCACGUCUGUACAAUGCCACUGCUGCCAAUACCAAGUCUAUCGCGGGAUACUCCAUCCUAGCUUUCCCUGACUUCUGGGGUCACCUGCCUCCACAAGGGCAAGAGCCAAUGGCUAAAAGACCACCCCAUGUUCAAAGAAAGAAAGUUUUCGAAGACAUCCAGCGUCUUCUCUGCCCAGAGAAGAUCAUCAACAAGGUUGUUUUUGACAUGGAGGAUCCCAGUCCACAGUGUUCCUACGAGACAUAUCCCAGCUCCCUUCGAUUCUUCUCCAAAUUUGAGAGUGGAAACCUACAAAAAGCCAUUCAAGUCCGCAGUCACGAAUAUGAUCUGAUUCUCAAUGCUGAUGUCAAUUGCUCUGCACACUAUCAGUGGUUCUAUUUUGAAGUCAGCGGUAUGGUGGCCGGUGUGCCCUACCGUUUUAACGUCAUCAACUGUGAAAAAGGAAACAGCCAGUACAACUACGGCAUGCAGCCUGUGCUGUAUUCCGUGAGGGAGGCUCUGGAGGGCAGACCACACUGGGUGAGAACAGGCUCUGAGAUCUGCUACUACAGAAAUCAUUUCUGCCCCAGAAGAGGUCAAAGUUCUUCUUUCUACACCCUGACAUUCAUGGUGACCUUUCAGCAUGACGACGAUGUGUGCUACUUGGCCUACCACUACCCUUACACCUACACCACCCUCCAGACCCAUCUGAAGAUGUUGGAGAAAUCGGUAGACCCACGCAAGGUCUUUUUCAGGCAACAAAAUCUCUGCGACACGCUGGCGGGGAAUUCCUGCUCUUUAGUCACGAUCACAGCCUGCCCUUCUUCCAGAGCCUGGAAACACCUGCACCAACUGCGUAACCGGCCAUGUGUGGUACUGACAGCGAGGGUUCAUCCUGGAGAGAGCAAUUCCAGCUGGGUAAUGAAGGGCACACUGGAGUUCCUGUGCAGCAGUGAUCCUGUUGCAGAGAGCUUGAGGGAGGCUUACAUCUUCAAAAUCAUUCCCAUGCUCAACCCUGAUGGGGUCAUUAAUGGCAACAAUCGUUGUUCUCUCAAUGGCGAGGAUCUGAACAGACAGUGGCUGAAGCCUGACCUUAAUUUCAGCCCAACGAUUUACCACACCAAAGGAUUUCUCUAUUACCUCAACAGCAUAGGCAGAACUCCACUGGUGUUCUGCGAUUACCAUGGCCACUCCAGGAAGAAGAAUGUGUUUCUGUAUGGCUGCAGUAUGAAGGAAACCCUGUGGCAAUCUGGAUCUCCCAUUAACACAGCUUCACUGAAAGAAGACCCGGGUUACAGAACCAUCGCUAAGAUGCUGGACCGAAUUGCUCCUGCGUUCUCCUUCAACAACUGCAACUAUCUGGUGGAGAAGUCUCGGGCGUCCACGGCUCGGGUGGUUGUUUGGAGGGAGAUCGGCGUUCUCCGAAGCUACACGAUGGAAACUACUUACAAUGGCUGCAAUCAAGGCAUCUACAAGGGUCUUCAGAUAGGCACACAUGAAAUGGAAGAGAUGGGGAUGAAGUUUAGUCAAAGUCUUCUUACCCUCAGGAGAAACUCCCUCCUUUACAACAGCCAUCUUAUCCACCACGCUUCUGCUCUGCUGGACCUCAACAACCAAGUCGUCGACCACAAAUCCAAUAAUUGCUAUGAGGAUGAUGAGCCUCCUUGUACUGAGGAGAUCGAGUACUCGUCCUUCAGUGACCCGUUUGGAGCCAACGAUCUGGACAUGGAGGUGAAUGGUAACAUAUCUAGUGCAGAGGAGGAGGAUGAAGGAGAUGCAGACAUCUGCGAGCAUGUGAAACUGCGAACAGACAGGAAGUCCCAUCUCCUUCCUCACUUCCUGCAACAAGACGCCCUGGAGACUCUAACCAUCAAGGAUGGACAGUGUAACGGCAUUAACGUCAGCAACAGCUACUAAUGUUAGGAUACCUUUGUUUGUCUUUUCUGUUAUUUGUAAUUUAUAUUACAUAACAAUAGUGUCUUGAGUAUUAGCUUAUCUUAAGGAAUUAGACUCAGUCAUUAUUUACAUGGCCUCAUGUUGUCCAUAUACUGUACAGUACUAACCCAUGUCAUCCAUUUUUACUUUCUGUCUUAUGUGGAACACAAAAGGAGAUAUCAGCAGAAUGUUAGCUUCAGUCACCUUUCAAUUUGAGUACAUCAUCUUUCCAUACCAUGAAAGUGAAUGAUGACUGAGACUGUCAUUCUUCCUUAUAUCUCCUUUUGUGUUUGACAGGGGAGAAAACAAAAAAAACAAAAACAAAAACCAUACAGGGUUUGGAAUGGCAUGAGGGAAUGAGGCUGAGUAAAAAAAAAUUAUUUUUUUUUUUUUUUUUUUUGUUUUAAACUAAUGGGUGAACUAUCCCUUUAAGGGUGAUAACUACAUAUUUAGUUACCGAGGUAUUGAGUGAAGUCUGAAGUGCUACACAUGCACAUCUGCAAAACAUUGUCAGUGCCUGAACAUAGAUGAGAUUCCACCUUUACAAAUCUAAGUGAUGUAAUUGCAUACAUUGUAUGGCCAAAAUGUAUAUGUGGUAUGCAAAACACCACAGCCAUAUGUGCUUGUUGAGCAUUUGACUUACUUUUGGCCAUGUAGUGUAUUUCAUAGCUAGAACAACACUUGAAGAAUAAUUCACCAUUGCAUUAUUUGAUGAGCCAACGAUUUGGUCUCUGCAGUGAAUCGUACAUCAAUUCAAAUCAUGACAACCUUGUGAGUUUGUUUACGACUCUACUUACUGUAAACAACAGGCUGGUAGCUUGCUGAGCAAAUCAAGAACCUCUGCUAUAUAACUUUUAUUUUCCAUAAGUAUGAUAGCACUUCAUGUAAAGUUUAAUUUUAACAAUAUUUAUUAUAAUAUUAGCUUUGAUCAAAUCAAUAAGCAUUUGUUUUUAGUAUGUUAUGUUAUAAAAUUUUUCAUUUUGAUUAUUAGUUUUAAAGUGAUACUGAUGUUUAUACAGUAUAUAUAUAUAUAUAUAGAGAGAGAGAGAGAGAGAGAGAGAGAGAGAGAGAGAGAGAGAGAGAAUUCUGCGUACAUAAUUGGAUUUGAGAAAUAAGAACUCCUGCACUGAAAUACUGAAUGACUGCUUAAUAGUAAUUAUAUAACAGAGCUCUGGCUGCCAAAAUUUUUUGAUAAGGGCUUUCCUUCUUUUAAGAGCAUUUGUUAUAACAGAAUAAAGAGACAGACACUGUAUUAAACAUAAAAUACAUUCUGAGAGUUGUUGUUUGUGGUCCUAUUUUUUUCUUUCUUCCAUUUUAUUUUUCUUUCCAUUUCAUCCAAUUUAAGUCUUUGAUAUAAUGGUUUGUCAAGUUUUUAUUUUCUUUUUUUUUUUCUUUACAAAGGUGAUGUCUGCAAUUGUGAGACUUUGAGACAGAUUUCAUUCUUUCUCCAAGAAAGUUAGUUGAGUUCUUGUUCAAAUUGGACCUAAAAUCAGCAUCCAACACCGUAACUAUCAUUUUACAAUUGAAUAUUUAAGCUAAUAAUCAAGUCAAUGGCUACUGUGAGGAGUCAAAACAACCAUGGUGAAAAAUUCCACCAACAGGAAAACAUAAUGCUGCUAACUUAACUUUGUAACCAGUGCUGCGAUCACAGAAUAACAACCAGAAAAGCUAACUACACUGUGUUUCUCUGAAUAAAGGCAGUGCACUCUAUUUUUAUUCUUUCUGGGGCAUUCUGAGCUCAAUCUAAACGUGGGUAAUGACUUAGGUGUGACCUCCAUGCUCGUCUCGAGUAAGUCCCUGCAAAUGCCAUGAUGUCCUACCCUGUAAUCUCAUUCCCAAGUACAAAGAGAUCAUCUAAUUAGAUCCUGGCAGGGUGGGCUACGUACCUGAGUACAGAGAGGUGGGCAGGCACCCAUUGGUAUGCUGCGGAUGCAGGAUAUGGCACACACCACAGCAUUUCUUAAUUGUAUCUCUUUCCAGGUCUGUCUACUGCACUAACCCACUGCAGAUGAACCAAGGAGACAUUACCAACUGAAGUGUUAUUCCCUCUUCCCCACUGAAUGACCUUGCAGGAGCUCAUAGGCCUGUGAUUGUGAUUACUACAUUAUCACUUACGUUCAACUAGCAGUGGUUCUCUCUAAAUAGUUAUGGGGGCUCUGAAUUUUACGCCAUUUGGCUACGUAGUGCACAGGGGUUCAAGGAAAGAUGAUAUAAUGUGGAAAGUUUGCCAAAAGUUACAGUUUGUUGUUUUCUUUUCUUUUUUUUUUUUUUUUAGUUGGGGCAAGGUUGUGAUAAUGUUUUUACUGUGAUAAUGUAUUUAUGUAAAUGUAUUUAUGUACUAUGUUUUUCAACUUUUUAAAAUUCAUUGAAACAAUUUGGUGUUGAGUAAAAGUGCCUUGACAAAGCCUUACGAUAUUGACAUCUCAUGAAUGUUCCAUAAAAAUUAGGUCAUUGUUUCAACCAAUACCAGACAGGGAAUUUUGGUGAUGCUAGUAGCACAGAUGUUACACACUUAAAGGGAUAGUUCACCCAAAAUGUGAAAUCCUCUCAUCAUUUACUCACACUCAUGCCAUCCCAGAUGUGUAUGACUUUCUUUCUUCUGCAG